AGAAAGCUCCCGGCCCAAGCGCCCCUCGCGCCCGCGGCGCCGUGGCCGAUGGCGGCGGGGAUCGCGCCGCCCGGGCCGGCGGCGGCGGCGGUGGAGGCGAGCCGGUCGAGCGACGAGUCCGCGAAGCUGGUCAGGCAGGUCGGGCUCGCGGGCGUGAGCAACGCCGUCGCGGCGUCCGUCACCAACCCCGUCGACGUGCUGAAGGUGCGGAUGCAGCUGGCGGGCUACGGCGUCGCUUCUCCGCACGAGCCUGGCGGGGUGCUGAGGGCCGCCCGUCGCAUCCUGCACGAGGAGGGCGCGGCAGGCUUCUAUCGUGGACUCUCCGCGUCGCUACUGCGGGAAAUGUCUUACAGCGGCAUCCGCAUGGGCAUGUACGAGCCCGUCAAGGAGGCCCUGGGGGCGGGCGGGAGGUCGCCGCUGGCCCUCAAGGUGCUGGCCGGCGGCAUCACCGGCGCUGCGGGCUCCAUCCUCGCCAAUCCGCUGGACCUGAUCAAGGUGCGCAUGCAGAGGGCUGCCGGGCCGCCGCCCUACAGGUCUGUGGCGGACGCCGUGGUCCAGAUCUGCCGCGAGGGCGCUGGCGUGCGGAGCCUCUGGCGCGGGUCCGCGCCCACGGUGAAGCGGGCCGCCCUGCUCACCGCCUCCCAGGUUCCGACGUAUGACCACGCGAAGCACUUGGUGCUCGACGCAGGCUACAUGCAGGAAGGCUACAUGUGCCACUUCGCCUGCUGCAUGGUCGCGGGCGUGGUGGCCGCGGGCGUCACCAGCCCAGUAGACCUGGCGAAGAGCCGGGUGAUGACGCAGCCAGUGGACCCCGCCUCCGGCCGAGGGACCCUGUACGCUGGGACCUUCGACUGCCUCGCGCAGGUGGCGCGGCGAGAGGGCCCCCAGGCGCUGUUCAAGGGCUUCAACAGCCAGUGGUUGCGCAUCGGCCCGCACACGACCAGCCUCUCCGCGGUCGCCCCCGGGGCCCCUGCGAGCCGCUCGAGGGCACGCAGGGGCCGGGUUUACCUCCAGGGUGGCCGGGAGCGACCGCGGGGCUCGUCUCGCUCAUGUGCUUCGAGCAGCUACGGCGUCUGGCGGGCAUGAGCUACCUGUGAGCCGCCCUGACCCCCCCGCUCCCUCAACAUCGGAUGGGGAUCGGUUGAACGAUACCCCCUGAUCCACCCGCGCCGUAGCGCAACUCGGAUCAGAAGGUGGAUGUGGUACAAGCGGCGCGAAGUCGCCGUUAGCUGCCAGGAGGAGAAGGAGGAUGUGCAGGUGGCGCGUUUUUGCCGCUGGCUCCCAGUAGAAGCCUGGAGCGCCAUCGGCGAUGCGGCGCCGGGCCGCUCGCUGCUGCCUCCCACCUUACAGUGCCUCGGGAGCAGGGCGCCCUCCUCGCUGCUGGCGGUGGCCGCUGGCACGAAAACGCAAAGCGGGAGCAAUCCGCGCCGGACCACGCGAAGCGAGGAGGAGGGCGUCGUCCUGCCGCGCCGGCGCGCGCGCCCAGCGGGGUGCCCGGCUCUUCCCUCUCCGCCCCCUCGCCGCGGGCGGACCCUUGCCUGCUCGCUCUGGCCGAGGCUUUCCUC